CUCACAUGAAUGCGUCCAUCAGUUUCGCCAACUGUGUGGUAGGAAAUCUACUCUGGCGCAAACUCCCGGCAUACGUCAUUGGCCAGUUCUUUGGAUCCUUCGCCGCAUCGGCUGUUAUUUUUGCUUUAUAUUAUGAAGCACUACAGAACUACACAGGAGGGAACCUGACGGUGACGGGACCGGCAGCCACCGCAGGGAUCUUUGCCACCUAUCCUGCUCCUUAUGUGUCUCUGUGGAACGGGUUUCUGCAGGAGGUUAUUGCAAGCAGCCUGCUGAUGAUCGGUGUCCUCGCCAUCCACGAUAUGAAGAACGCCAGGGCACUGCCAGGCACCAAUGCCUUCAUCACCGGGCUGUUGGUGGUGGUCAUCGGCAUGUCCAUGGGGAUGAACACCGGCUAUGCCAUCAACCCUUCCAGGGAUCUCCCCCCGCGGAUUUUCACUGCUCUCGCUGGAUGGGGGCUAGAGGUGUUCCGAGCAGGCAACUGCUGGUGGUGGGUGCCGAUGGUGGCCCCAACCCUUGGAUGCCUUGUUGGGAUGUUCAUCUACAACAUCCUGAUAGACUUCCACAAUCGCUCUCCCUCAGAUCCAGAACCUUCAAAGCAAGACCCGGAGGCCGAGUUGACGUCUCCCAUGUGACCGGGGAGGGCUGCUUUGAAAGGAUUAUGUUCUUUGAACAUCUGAACAUGCUUUCCUUCCUGGUCCUCAAGGAACACAGGAGAUCCUUUGGGGAAGACAGGAGAAAGAUGGAACUGAUCAGCUCCUAUGGGGGCUGCACUAGGAACAGUUCUCUUGCUCAACUUGGAGACAGCUGUCCACCGUCCUGGAAGACGUGCAGACCAGCUUUGAUCAGGGAGGACAAUGGACACCCGAGAAAGAGACUUGGAAAAAAUAAAUCUACCUGUUUAAGACCA